AUGAACAUUAACGCGUAUGUUUGAAACUGCUACUCAGACAUCAUCAACUCUUACUAACCCGCUAUAGCAACGUAUUACCUCCAGCUAACGGUAAGAAGCUCUGGAGAGUCAAGAGAACUCCCUCAGCGUCUCACUCAAAGUCCUCAUCCACAGACUCACACUCGUCGAGGCACCUGCUGCAGACGUCGAUCGAGUGUCUCAACAACUCGUUGAAAAUAGCUGCUGCUGCUGCAAAGUUUACCUUGAGAAGACCGCCAUUGAGGAGGCCGAAGAACAAACCGGGUAAGCCCAAGGACUUUGUCUUUGUUGAUCUCUCCCCUAUCAAGUCAGACGACGUGGAGCAGCAAGAAGCCGACAAGGCCGUCCCUGUCAAGAGCAAGGCGCAACCGGAAGCAAACCCGUCCCCGGCUGCCAACUUGCAGUUGCCUUCGCCUACUUUAUCCUUGGAAGACUCGCUCUUUGACUUGUCCACAUUGCCCAAUUUCGAUGCACCUCCUACUGCUUCUGCUUCCACCAGCCCCGACUUGGGGUUGGGGAUUAUGAACUUGGGAAUCGACUGGGACCAGCCUGCACCACAACCAUUUGCCCACCAAAACAACAACGACCUUUUAUACGGAUACCAGCAAACCAUGAUGCAGCAACAACAACAAAUCCAGCAGUUGCAACGCCAGUUGCUUGAACAGCAGCAAAGACAAGCUCAGCCGGUGUUGUUCCACUCGACGCCAGCAUUGCAAUCACAACCUCAAUUCCCGCAGCAGCAGCAGCAGCAGCAACUACACUCGCCAAUACAGGAGCCAGACUUUAACCAGAAAAGACCUCGACAAUGCGCAUCUUCUCCAACUGCAGGCCAGUUGCAAUUCAAAUCGUACCAGCCAAAACCAAAGCACAGCAGGUCAUCCUCCGAGGCAUCUGUAAGGAAGCCACAGCAUAAGAAACAAGUGCAAGCGCACAGGUGUAUGAGUUUGCCAUACAUCCCAUCCACAACCAACAUCCAACAACAACAGCUUCCCGAAGCGCCACUGUACACGUCAACAACGAUGCAAAACGUCGACUCAAACGUGAGCUUGGACGACUUUAUGAUGCUCAACGACCAGCUCUCGAUGAGCUUUGCCCCCGGCAUCGCCCAAAACCCCGAAUCAUACACCCCAGCUACAACCUACUCCGAAGAUGAACUCGCCAAACCGGUGUUUAACCAGUUUAGCUUCCAACCACCAUGCGUAGAGUUAUCAUGCGGCUUCGAAGAGUUCCUCACUGGCUCCGCCACCACUGAGCAGCCACUGCAGUACCAGUCGUACCCCGUCUCGAUUGCUGCUUCCACCGCAUUUAAUGAGUUUGAAAUGGGCGCAUUCUGUCCGAUUAUAGAGUGA